AUGGUGAGGAUAAUUCCCAUGGCUUCCUCAAUACGACCUUCGCUCUCGUCGUUUAGGUUGUCCGGUGGUGUUCCUACUACGCGUUUUGGCGUUUCCCUCUCCCCGUUUCACCUUCCUCGACGCCUGCUUUUCUCUCAUCUUGGCAGCACUGUUCCGCAAUCGCAAUUCUUUGGUUUGAAAGCUUCUAAGCUGUUGAGAGCUGAGGGAAGCAGGGUAGGGAUGCCUCUGGUCGGAAAUGUGGUACAAGCAAGCACGGCAGCUGCCGAAGAAACUGCCCUAGAGUGGGUUAAAAAGGAUAAAAGAAGAAUGCUCCAUGUUGUUUAUCGAGUUGGGGAUUUGGACAGGACCAUCAAAUUCUAUACUGAGUGCCUGGGAAUGAAGCUGUUGAGGAAACGAGACAUACCCGAGGAGAGAUACACAAAUGCCUUUCUUGGAUAUGGGCCGGAAGACUCUCACUUUGUUAUUGAACUCACCUACAAUUACGGUAUUGACAAGUAUGACAUCGGAACUGCAUUUGGUCAUUUUGGUAUUGCUGUUGAGGAUGUUGCCAAGACUGUGGAACUUAUAAAGGCCAAGGGUGGAAAAGUAACCAGAGAACCUGGUCCAGUGAAAGGUGGUAGUACUGUAAUUGCAUUUAUUGAGGAUCCUGAUGGUUACAAGUUUGAACUGCUGGAAAGGGGGCCUACUCCUGAACCCUUGUGCCAAGUAAUGCUACGUGUUGGUGAUCUUGGUCGUUCCAUAAAUUUCUAUGAGAAGGCCUUUGGCAUGGAGCUUCUUCGCACACGAGAUAAUCCAGAGUACAAGUAUACAAUAGCCAUGAUGGGCUAUGGGCCUGAAGAUAAAAAUGCCGUGCUUGAGUUGACGUACAACUAUGGGGUCACUGAUUAUGACAAGGGAAAUGCGUAUGCUCAGAUUGCAAUUGGCACAGAUGAUGUUUACAAAACUGCAGAGGCAGUCAAACUUUUUGGUGGGAAAAUUACGCGGGAACCUGGACCAUUACCUGGUAUCAACACCAAGAUCACUGCGUGCUUAGAUCCUGAUGGUUGGAAGACGGUUUUUGUUGAUAACAUUGAUUUCCUCAAGGAAUUGGAGUGAGUUUUGGGCAUAUUCUCGUAGUAUCCUUUUGACACUGGAAGCUGAACCUGAGCUGAAAGGAUUUGUUGAAGAAAUUUCCCAUGAGAACGCAGCCACUCCCAUUUUGUAGAUAAAUCUUGAACGGGACAAUCGCAUAGCCAUUAGCUUCACAGGAGUGCAGGGACCUUGAGAUGUCAAUUUCUGUUUAAUUAUCUUUCUCAUUUUAUUUCAAUGAAAUAUUAUCACAAAACACUUAUAUUUGAUUCAGUACCUGUUAGGAGAUGCCUGUAAGCAUACAAAAUGUACUAUAGUAAUCCGUGUCUGCUAUGUUAUGUGUUUGAGGUUGAUUCUCUAAUUUUUGAGUCCCAAGGAAAAUUUGUUAAAGCGUUCACCAGAAA